AUGGAUGCAACGGAUUUAAUUUUCAAAGAAUUGUUUAAAAUUAGAUACGUGUUCAUGAGAUUAAACCGAUCACAUCCGUCUAUUGCUCGCGACCGACGCUGGAAGUUCCAAUUCUCAAUUAUAAUGAUGAUAAUAUUCUCCCAUUUCUUCUUUCUUUCGUAUCCAGUAUUCUAUCACGAUAUCAGAUCGGGAAAUUUUGCUAUAGCAUGCUUAAAUGCAUCGAUUACCAUUAUAUGCAUAACGGUAACUUUAAAGUAUAUAAUACUCCUAUAUCAUCAAGAAUCUAUAAAAGAACUUAAAACCGCGAUGGAGAGAGACUACGCAGAUGCUCAGGAAUUUUGUAAUGAGGACAAGGAGAUAGUGGUCCAGUAUGCUAAAAGAGGUGUAACUGUAUGCAAAUUUUGGCUUGUGUUCGGUUUCGGUUCAAGCACCAUCUUUCCGAUAAAAGCUAUAGUACUAACGGGGUAUUAUUACUGGAAAGGGGAGUUUGUAUAUGUUCAUAUUUUUGACCUGACCUACCCACAACCAAUAGAGGACUAUAAGAAUGUUACAAUAUGUUUCUGGUUGUUAUUUGUAUUCAAUAAUUAUUUUGGCUUGUUGGUUUCAUCAAUGUUUGUUGGCUUUGAUCCAAUGGUGCCUAUAUUCAUGUUGCAUACGUGUGGCCAGCUGGAUCUCCUCAGUCGACAUAUCAGUACACUGUUUGUUGAUGCAAAUAUUGAAGAAAUAGAAGAAGGAUUAAAGAAGAUCAUUUCAAAACAACAGGAUCUUUGCAAGUUAGUGGACAGCGUGAACAAAAACUUUUCUAUUCUGCAUGAAUAUAAUAUGAAAGCAACAACUUUUACAUUACCGCUGACAACAUUUCAGAUAGUCGAAGAUUUGAGACAGAAACGGAUUACCAUCAUAUUUGUUGCAAUGUUUGCUGCCGCCAUAUUACAUUUCUUUAUGCCGUGUUACUACAGCGAUCUUUUAAUGGAAAAGAGUGAAAAAUUUCGUCAAGCAAUAUACUCAUGCGGUUGGGAGAAAUGCCCCGAUAGACGUAUUCGACAGAUAAUACUGUUCAUGUUAACUAGGACCAGGAUCCCUUUGGGCAUCACCACUGUGUUUUAUGAGAUUAGUCUUGAUACCUUCGCUGAGAUGUGCCGUCAAUCUUACGCAAUCCUGAGUUUGAUGAAUGCAGCUUGGAAAUAAAAGUUAAUCAAUUAUGAAUAUUGAUACUAAACUCACC